AUGGCAUCAACAACAAACCCUUCGAGUGGCCAGCAAAAACCACCACCGUCAGGUGGCCCGACAAACGAAAAUAGAGGAGGUGGCAGUGGGAACAUUGCGGCCGUGGCGCGAGCAAGGAAUCCAUACGCUGCCAAGAAGAAUCCUUAUGCUUCCAAGAAGCCCAAGACAGCGGCGACAUCGGCAGGAACCAGCAUUGGAACCAGCAGCAAGAGAAAUAAUCCUACUACAAAUGACAAUGAUCGCCCCCAAAAGCGAGCUGAUAAACCCCAAAUUGCUCGAGAUUCUCAACCACCGGCAUUGCAAGCCUUUGCAGGAUCUUCCUUUUCGCAAGCUUUUGGGGCCAUUGACGAGACAGAAUAUUUUCAGCAAGCUACUGCAGAUGGAAAGAAUGCGGGUGCCAAUAAUGCACAUGAGCGAGCUGAACAGCGUGCCUUUGAAGAUACCAUGACCGAUCGGGAUCACCACGCAAUGAUACAGCCUCAUGUACUCAGUGUAUCCACUAAACAAAGGGGCAAUGGCAUCUUGAAUUUUAUUCGAAACGUUCCAUUCGCCUACUCGAGAAUGGUGCCAGAUUACCUGCUUAGUCCAACCUCUUGUGCUCUGUUUCUGUCAUUGAAAUACCACAAUCUGCAUCCCCAGUACAUUCACAAACGAAUUGCUGAACUAAGAACUGAUUUCCAGCUGAGAGUCCUUUUGGUCCUGGUCGACAUGGAUGACAAUCAAUCCACAUUGCUGUAUCUCAACAAAUUGGCAGUCCAGCAAAACUUCACCAUGAUACUCGCUUGGACGGAAGAGGAAGCUGCAAGGUAUUUGGAGUCAUACAAGGCGUUAGAUGGUAAUGACUGCUCCCUCAUUAUGAGAAAGGAAAAAACAAACUUUGCCGACCAGGCAGCUGACUUUCUCGCUGGGGGCACAGGUGUCAAUAAAACAGAUGCUGCCUCGCUGCUCUCACAGUUUUCCUCGGUAAAGGCCAUCAUGGCUGCGACCAAGGAUGAGCUGGGAAUGGUUCCGGGGUUGGGACAGGUAAAGGUGACAAGACUGCAUGAUGCUUUUCACAAGCCCUUCUCCAGCAAACGACAACGAGAGCGAAAAGAAAAGGCUGAAAAAGAAGCAGCCUCGGGCUCGGAGAAAGAUGACACAGGGGUGGCGCAAGCGCCGUUGGAGGGAAAUGCCACAGAAAAGAAAGGGAACGUGGUAGCCCAGGGGGGUGACGCGUCCACGCCAGGAACCAAUACCGGUAGCGAGAACAGUAGUGGAUUGGAAUCAGAGAAGGCAAAAUCAUAG